AGCUGACUUUCAUCGACGGCCAGCUACCGAGUAGCGAUAACCACUUAAAUUAGGGAGCGGGACAAGAGAAACAAACAAACGAGGGAAACUUUUGCACAGACAAUGAGCGAUGUGUUGGUGGCGAUGCCCGCCAACGGCGGCGGGCGCGUCUGCGGGAAGGGUUCAGAGCUCAACCGCCGGUCCCAUGCUUCACUAUCCAGAUGCUCUUCUUCCUUUCGAUUCCCCAGCCUAAUGCCGCGGCGGAACAUUGGGAGGAAGUUCGGCCACCAGUCAAGCGGCGGAGGCUGGGGCGGCUUGGCCGUGCGAGCUUCGGGGAAUCCAGGGGAGUAUUAUCCUUCUCCCCCAGUUCCUCCGCUGCAAUUCGAAUCCCCGGUGGGCCAGUUCCUGGGGCAGAUUUUGCAGUCGCAUCCGCAUUUGUUGCCCGCGGCAAUCGACCAGCAACUCGAGAAUCUUCAGACCGAUAGAGAGGCUCAGGACGGAGAUGCUCCUUCUGCUCAGGAUCCACUCUACAAGAGAAUUGCCGAGGUUCGUGAAACUGAAAGGCGGAAGGCACUAGAAGAGAUCAUAUACUCUCUGAUUGUUCAAAAGUUUCUCGACAACGGCAUCACGAUGAUACCGAAAAUAACAUCCACCUCCGAUCCUGCCGGACGGGUAGACUUCUGGCCUAACCAAGAGCAGAAACUGGAGUCUGUUCACUCUGCUGAAGCCUUCGAGAUGAUACUAAGCCACCUGUCUCUCGUAUUAGGAGAUCGAUCAGUGGGACCCCUUGAUACCAUCAUCCAGAUCAGCAAAAUCAAACUAGGAAAGCUCUAUGCAGCUUCAAUAAUGUACGGAUACUUCCUGAGACGAGUUGACCAGAGGUUCCAGCUUGAGAGAACAAUGAACACCCUUCCCAAAGGCUACGACGAGAAUCGAGCUAGAUACGAGGAACUCAAAUCCUCGACAAAGGGGCUGUGGGACCCAGAUUCCCUAAUAACUAUGAUGCCAGAUGAUGGCGGUGAUAAUGAAGAUGAUGAUGAUGGAAGGUCGUACAGACUGAGGUCAUAUGUGAUGUACUUGGAUGCAGAGACCCUCCAGAGAUACGCGACCAUGAGAUCUAAAGAGGCGGUUUCGUUGAUCGAGAAGCAGACUCAAGCGCUGUUUGGUAGGCCGGACAUAAGGAUCUCGGAGGAUGGUUCACUAGACGCGAGCAAUGAUGAAGUGGUCUCGGUGACCUUCUCCGGGUUGACAAUGCUGGUCUUGGAAGCAGUAGCAUUCGGGUCUUUCUUAUGGGAUGCUGAGAGCUAUGUCGAAUCCAAGUACCAGUUCCUGAAUGGCUGAAAGUUCCCUUCUUUUUCUUCAUAUCUGGACUUGUUAUGGUAGCUGUGUUGUAGGCUGUAUAAAUCAGGAAUUUUGUUUCACAUUGUAAACUGAGAGAUGUUGUAUUCUUGUUUGGGGAUGAAAGAACUGAUAACAGCUCUGUAGGUUGUACAAGCAGGGUCAAAGAAAAAAGGACAAUAUAUCAUUGCUUCCAGUUGUUUGCAUUGCCAGUGACUUGUGUUAUCUAUCAUUCUAUCUAAGCUCCAUUGUAGUUCUGAUGUGGC